AUGUCAAGCAAGAACCGCAAGAGGAAGGAGAGGAGGCGUAGACAAGCCAUGCUGGCAAGUGGUGGCAACAUGUUUGCCGUGCUGGGCGAAGCGGACGAUGGCAUAAAUCACCCCUCGCCCUCCACUUCUACACGCGUCACACAAGACAGCAAGGACGGUGGCAAGAGCGCCAAGGGCAAGAAGAAGAAGAGGCGAAGAGACAACGAUUAUCGCAGCGUAGUGGAGGACAAUUGCAAAAGAAUCGAACAAUUCACAAACGCCAAAGAUGGCGCCAAGAAUGGGAACGAGCUUUUCCUGGGCGGCAAUCUGAACACGCUCGAGAAGAGACUGUUGGGCGACUUCGCCAGGGGCCUGGGGCUGAACGCGGUCGAUGGCGGACCGCCCAAGCACACGCUGCGCAUCUCCAAGCCGGCGGACUGGGCACAGCGAAGGGAGAAGAUGGAGGAAGAGGAGAAGAGGGCACGCAAAGCGCGAGGAGGCCGAGCCGCCAAGCCCUUCACCGCCGCCACCCUGCCCGUCACUCUGCGCAACAGGUUCUGCAUCGACUUUACUGUGCCGAUGCCGGUGCUGGAAUCGCCCUAUUUCGAGUACUUCUGUAGCCUCUACGAGCCCGUGCUCCACUCACAAACCACCUGGACCUCUUCCUCGAGGCUGUCAACUCUCAGCGUGGCCAAGUGGAAGAACUACACGGGCGAGCUGGUGCAGCGCAUCAUCGAUGACGUCACCGGCACAGAGGCCUACAAGACCUUUGCCGCCGACAACCUGUCCCGGUUUGACAUCAAAGACCCGGCUCCCGAGCGUGCUGCUACGGAGAACCUCUACAAAAUCGAGAACUCGGGCAAGUACUACGUCUCCCUGGACUUCACCUCGGCCAACUUCAACGCUCUUCGCUACUACGACCCUCGCCUGGUCUUUGAGACCAAGAACUGGGUGGAAUUCUUGAGUCGCUACACGAGCUAUCAGGCGCUGCUCAACAGCAAGCGAUUCCGGGCUGCGGCGCUGGGCAAGAUCAACCAUCAGGCACAGUCGAAGAUCUACCACGCGCUCAACCACCGAAUCUACACUCUGCUGAUGAGCCACAACGUCGUGAGCCCCGACCAGAUAGCGUGCAAGUAUACCGACGAGAUAGUGAUCGAGACGACAAAGAGCGACUACUGCGCCCUCGUGGCCAAGCUCCGGCAGUUCCUCGAUGAGAAG